CACCGCCCGCCGUGUUGCGACGGCGCGCCGUUCCACCGCCCGCCAUGUCGCGCCCCGGCCCCAGCAUGCCGCGAGCGGCGCAGCAGCAGCAGCAGCCACCGGCGCCACUCGCUGCCCGCCUCGGCAGCUACCUCCACGCGCUGCCGCCGCCGCUCUCCUACUGCUUCGGCGCCGCGCCCGACGACGAUGCCGACGCUGUGCGUCAGCGCCUGCUGCCCUCCGAAGAGACGUUCGACGACAGCGACGCCAUCUCGCUGCUCAGCAACAUCAACGACCGCUCGCGCCGGCGCCGGCGCGGCCGCCGCACGCGCGACUGGGGCCACGGCGCCCAGCAGCUCAUGGCGUGCGGCCUCUUUGGGCGCGCAAAGGGCCAGAUCCAGACGCGCGAGCCGACACGGCCUGGAAGCAGCUCGCGCCACGGCCGUGCCGACAGCACCGACAGCCUCGACGACAGCCUGCGCGGCCUGGGCGAGAGCGGCGACGAGGACGCCGGCAUGCUACCCGACGCGGCGAUACGCGGCAUCGGCGACCCGCAGGCGCUGCUCGAGGCUGAGGAGGCACAGCGCCAGGCCGAGGAGGCAGAGAUUCAGCGCAGAGAGGCCGCCGAGUUCGCAGAGGCCGCCGAGCGGCGCGCGGCGCUGCAGCGCCAGGCAGAGGCCGCCCGCGUUGCGGCCGAGGAGGAGCUGCGCAAGCAGGCCGAGGAAGAGGCGCGUCUAGCUGCAGAGGAGGAGGCAGCCGCCGCCAAAGCCACAGCUGCCGCAGAAGAGCGGCGGCUUGAGCUCGAACGGCAGGCGCAGGAGGAGGACGCUGCCGAGGCUCGCCGGCAAGCAGAGGCAGAGGCUAAGGCGGCCCUAGAGCGGGCGCGCCUGGCCGACGAGGAGGCGCAGCGCGCAGCCGAGGCCAAGGCAGCGGCAGCGAAAGCCGAGCAAGAGGCUGCUGAGCGCCGCGUUGCCCUUGAGGCCGAGGCUGAAGCUGCACGCAAGGCCGCCGACGAAGAGGCUGUGCGCAAGGCCGAAGAGGCGGCUGCCUUGGCGGCGCAGCAAGAGGCCGACGCGGCAGCUGCCGAAGCUGAGGCCCUCGAGGCUGCGGCGCUCGCCAAGGAGCGACGAAGAGCCGAGCGGCGAGCAGCGCGCGCAGCUCUGGCGGCAGUGCGCGACGAAGGCGGACGCUCGCGCUACCAGACCGAGGCAGAAGCUGAGGCAGCCGCCGGCGGCUUCGAGUUUGCAGAUGCACCCGAGCAGCCGGACGAGUAUCCUGGCAGCUAUGGCGCGCACGCAAGCCGGCGCGCACCGCAGGAGCACUGGGGCCUCGCAAGCGGCCCCGAGGGCUACGGCUACGAGCAGAACGGCUACGAGCACGAUGAGUACGGCCAGUACCGCGACUCGCGGCAGCAGCACUUCUACGACGCGCAGUACGAGGCCGGCAACGGGCACUUCCAGCCGCAGGAGCUGCCGCAGGAAGUCGUGCACCACCACCACUACUACCACGAGCCGCCAUCGGCCGGCAGCGAGCCUGAGCCCACCAGCUACCUCUCGCCGCCCGCCCUGCCCGCGCUGCCGAGUCCGAUCGUCGGCGAGGACGAGUCGCUGAACCGCGAGGUCGAGGAAGACGAGGAGGAUGCAGACAUCGCCGGCCUCGGCUUCUCCAAGCGGCGUGCACCGCGCUCCGGAGCAGCAUUCGGCGGCUCACGCAGCGCCGGCUCCGGCGGCAGCGGCUCUCAAAGCCGCGCAAGUGGCUCGGCAACAGGCCCGCGCUACCAGGUGUCGCCGAGCUUCGCGUUCGGCGGCGCUCCAUUGAGCGAUGAUGCGCGCAUUCGCUCAGCCGACGGCUCGAAUGAAGGCGGCAGCAGUGCUGCCGGACGGCCAAGCUACCGAGACCGGCCUCGCCGGCACGAGCGGCGCGACAGCCGCAGCACUACGUCGAGCGCUGGCCGGCCUCGUGAAGGCCUGGCUCCGCGCGCCGCCGGCGGUCGCAGCCCGGUCCUCGGCGGCGUGCGCGAGCUCGACAUUGCCGCCAACGAGGAUGCAGCAGACGCUGCGGCCGGUGGCUUCGACAGCGUCGUCCCGCCGCCACUGCCAUCCUCGCACUCGCCGCUGCUCAGCCCCGACUCCGCCGCCAUGCCGCCGCCAGCCUCGACGCGCGCCAAGCAGAGCUACCGAGAGCGCCGUGCCGGCAACGCCGAGACGUCGUCGGCCGGCUCGAGCUCAGCGCCGCGCUCAUCUCCGCGCAAGGCCGCCGAGCGCGGUGGCAGCGGCAACGGCUUUCCUUCGGUCGGCCUCGGACGCAGCACGGGCGGCAUGUGGAAUGCGCCUGGCUCCAGUCCCGUCCGCAACUCGGCCGCGCUCUUCGCACAUGCGCCCACCCGACGCGCAGACGACGAAGACGACGUGGACUUCGCCUAGACGCCACGCCACCGGAUGCUCUACCCCUCUAUUCCCGCUCUGCGCGCCCGAGUGCGACUCGCAGACGCCUCUCACGACUGCUUUGUAUAAUGAAUGUCAGAUGAUACGGAGCACGGCU